GUGAAAUCAUGGCGGCUCUGGCGAGGUGUUCGUUUGGAAGGUUGCAGACAAAAUGUUCCUUGAUCUCGAGUUUAAGGUGUUCAAAUUUACCAAAACGCUCUCAGGUGGUUAAGCCAAUCCUAUCCCUUGGAAGCUUACAAGUGGCACACAGGGCAUAUUGUAGCCCUGCUAAGGAAACUUCAGACGAAGAUUUAAAAAACCAGCCAAUACGUUUUUCUACUUCAAGGGCACGGAGUAUAACAGUUGGUCAAACACUAGGAGAAAGAAAAAAGAGCACAUCUAUGGUGACAGUCUAUGUGAGUCUUACAAUCAUGGUCAUAUUGACGUACAUUAUCUUCUUCCUGCCACCCUCUAAACAAGAUGAAGAAGUAUUGGAUGUUCUAAAUGCCAGCAUGGUGGCAAAUGAGCAGGACAAAGAACAAUGAUGUGUAAGACUAAUAUGAGGAACAAUUUCAGAGCAAAAUGCCUGCAAUCCCUGGCAAAUAUGUUUCAAAGAAAGGUUCCCUUGGCAUUGGAAAUAUAAAUUUGUGGCAGAUAAGGUCACUCUCUGAGAAUUCCAUUCCAAUGUUCUUUUUUCAGAUGGUCUGGAAAAGAAGUCAUUAUUAACUUUAACCAGACUUGAAAUGUUCCUCUGGAUCAUGCAAGAGCCUCCAGGGCAUUUGAGAAUUUACACAAUAUGGAACAAUAAACAUAUUGAAACGUUGUUGUUUGUAGAAAGAGGUUUUCUUGUCUCUCCCAGCUGAUGUAAUACAUUUCAUUGUUGGCUAGUGUUGAGAAUUUGGUUUUACAUUUAUGCACCACUCCUAGUUGAUGGUUUUCUAAAUUUUCUUCACUUGUAUUGCUCAGCCAAAGAAAAGGUUGCUAUAAGAAUCCAAACACACCUGAGUGGAAUGGAUAGCUCAAGCUUAAAUUUGGUAGUAAUAAAUAAUGUGCUGUCAAAUCUGGUUUAACUCACCAAGAAAAUACAGUAAUAGUAUUCAAUUCCCAAUUUAAUUAAAUACAAAACAGUAUAGCUAUUGUAGUUACAUUUUCAACUCAUAUGACCUAAAGCUUUGCUGUCCCAUUUAUAAAAAAUUGUCUACAGUACAUCAGGCUCUUUUUAUAAUUUUUCUUAUAAAUGAAUUUUAAAAUAUUUAUCUUGCAUUGUUCUUUCAGUUAAAGGAUUGUUUUCUAGAACACCAUUAUGUAUGUAGAAUAGAAACAUCCUUGAAGAUAUUACAUAACACUCUCACUCUCAUGUAACAUGUAACUUCUCCUUAUAAUAUCCAUACAUAAGCCAGCAAACGGGUAAUGAGAAUUAUCAAAUGUAUCAGGCAGAGUUUGUUAUCUUGAUCUAACACCAAAUUCUCAUAACUCAUUAAAACUCAAAGAAGUGUGUAACAGCUG